AUGGAUUCUGCUAGUGGUGGUUGUGAUGAAAGUUAUUCCAUAGACACUGGUGUAGAAGUCAGUGCUUGUGAUAUGGAAAUAUCACCUGGUAUGACUAAGUAUUGGCGUCCAAUUUGUGCCAACAGUUUGAAGCCUCAUGUUGGGCAACAGUUUGAUUCUUUGGAUAGUGCUUUUGGUUUUUAUAAACAAUAUGCUGGUUCUGUUGGUUUUGACUGUAGGCAGAGCACAACUCGAAAGGGUAGAGAUGGUGGUAUUGUGUUGAAGCAUGUUGUAUGUAGUCGUGAAGGGUUCAAGCAUAGACAUCGUAGUGAUGCGAAGAGGCGUAGGGUGUCCAGUAGGGUUAGGUGUAAGGCUAAGGUGGUUUUUAAAUUCAUACCUAAAGGUUGUUAUUCUGUGCAUUUUUUUGAGGAACGGCAUACCCAUUCGAUGUGUUCAUCUAUUGCUAAGCAGUUUUUAAAGGUCAAUCGCAAUCUUGAUGUUGGCUAUCAAAUUUUUGUUGCAAGUUGUGUUCGGGCAAACAUUGGCCCUACUCGGUCGUAUAGGUUAUUUAAGGAGAUUGUUGGUGAUUAUUCUAAUGUGGGGGCUACAAGUGUGGACUUUCAAAAUUUCAAACGUGAUUUAAUGGCGUACAUUUUGAAUGGUGAUGCUCAAUUGUUAAUAGAUACGCUAUUUAAAAGGCGUGAAUUGUGCGAAGCAUUUGGGUUUGAAUAUGAUGUUGAUGAAGCUGACCAGCUCUCAAGGGUGUUCUUGGCGGACGCAGUAUCAAGGAAGAACUUUUCUUUGUUUGGUGAUGUUGUUUCGUUUGAUGCUACAUAUCGUACUAACAGGUUAGGAAUCUAUCAAGAUCCAGCUGUGAAGGUUGCCGUUGCUCAAGUGUUUGGUGCGUCAAAACACAGAUUUUGUAUGUGGCAUAUAAUGUGUAAGGUGGGAGAGAAGGUUGGACCGUUUUUAUCUAAAGACGAGGUGUUUAGGAGGAAGUUGAAUUGCAUCGUUUGGGAUAAUUCAAUUGAUCCCGAGGCCUUUGAGUUGCGAUGGAAUCAGAUUAUGGAGGAAUAUGGGUUGGGUGAUAAUGGUUGGUUUCGUUACUUGUUUGAGUCCCGUACAUUUUGGGCAUCUCCAUACUUUCAAGAUGAGUUUAUGGCGGGUUUGGUUAGGACCACAUCUAGAUCGGAGUCUCAAAACAGUUUCUUUGGUAGCUUCUCUAAUGGACAUUCUAGCUUGGUUGAAUUUUUGGUGCAUUAUGAUAGUGCUAUUAGUGCACAGCGGCAUGCCCAAGCAAAACUAAAUGCUGAUUGUGAAGCUUGUUUUCCCGUGUUGAAGACACCAUUGGCGUUGGAGCGACAUGCCAUGGGUGUUUACACAAUUUCUGUGUUUUAUGAUGUUCAAGAGGAGAUUUGUGCAGCUUGUUUUUCUUGUCAAGUGGUAUCUUUGAGUGAUUCUGAUGGCAGCGUGUCUUACAUGAUAAAAGAUGGUAACCAUCGAGCAUGGGUUGUCAAUUUAGUUUUGGAUGAUAAUUGUGCAAGGUGUUCUUGUAAGAUGUUUGAGAGGAUGGGUUUGUUGUGUAAGCAUAUCUUUUUUGUUUUUAAAGAUCGUGGUCUUGAGAGUAUUCCUUCUAGGUAUUUGGUGCAUCGGUGGACAAAGGGUGCAUGUUUGCACCCAAUAUUUGAUAUUGAUGGUAUAGUUGUUGAUCAAUCUGCGAAAGUGGAGAACGUUAGGCGGCUUACUAAUCUUAUGUGGUCUGAUAUUUAUGCUUGUGUGGGGUUGGCUGAUGGUAAUAUUGAUCGUUUGUCACAGAUACGAAGCGUUAUUAAUGAUCAAAGGAAAUUAUUUCUUCAAGAUGGGAGUGAUAAUGGCAGUAGCGUGGCUGGUGGUAGCAAGAAAAGUGUGAUUAAUUCGUUUUGUGGGUCUAUGUCCAAGGCCUCUUCAGUGGAAGUGCACGACCCUGUCAAAGCUAAGAACAAGGGUAGUGGUAAGCGAUUGAAGAGUGCAAGGGAGAGAGCUGCAAGCAAGUGUGCAAAGCAAUCAAGGAGAUGCCACACUUAUGAUGAAUAUGGCCAUAACAGUUGGACAUGUCCUUUAAAUAAUUGA